UUUGAAUUCUCUUAUUUAGUUUCAAGUUUACCGCACUCAACAUGUUUGAUGAAAUGCUUUAACCAUAUUUCGGGUUGGUUUUAUCAUUUCUAGCUUUUAGAAACUUAGUAAGUUGAUUGCAUGUGAAAUUAGAAUUAUUGGAUCUUAGUAAUAGGAAAUUUUAGCUACACAAAUAGCAUCUUUGUAGAAAACAUACUAGCACGAUGAUUCCACUUGCAUUAGUGUUCUUCUGGUAAAUUUUAACUGUUAGUGUGAACUUGUUUAUUUGCUAAUUGUUCUUGUGUUGUUGUUCUGUUGUUCUUCUGUUAUUUUUAUUUUAUUUUUUUUGUUGUGAUUUUCUGUUCUUGAACUUGUUAAGUUGAUAAUUUGCUAAAUUGUUGGGCUGCUGUUGUUUUAAUUUGCUAAAUUGUUAGGUUUCUGUGAUUUAAUUUGUUGGAUUUUCUAUUUAGGUCUUGUUCUUGUUUAUUUGCUAAAUUGUUGUUGUGUAUUUAUUGUUGUCUUUGAGAUUCUUGCUGGAUACUGGUGAUCAUUGAUUUAUUAUAUGCUUCAUGUUUUCAUUGUUUUCUUCUUCUGAAGGAAAAAAAAAAAUCUGUUUUCAUUGUUUUGUUGAUUGUUUGUUUUGUUUCAGAAAUUAAUUUUUUGUGAUCAAUGCUCAAACUCUAAAUGCUGUUCUGUUGGUUUUGCAGUGUUUGUUUUGUUUCAGAAAUCAAUUUUUUGUUAUCAAUGCUCGAACUCUGAAUGUUGUUCUUCUGUUUUUGUUUUGUUUCAUAAAUCAAUAUUUUGUGAGCAAUGCUCAAACUCUGAAUGUUGUUCUGCUGUUUUUGUUGUUUCAGAAAUCAAUUUUUUGUGAUUAAUGCUCAUACUCUAAAUGUUCUGUUUUGUUUUAAGGCUGUGUUUAGAAGAGGUGAUUGAUUUCUGAGUGUUGUUUUGUUUUUGUUUUAAAGCUGUGUGUUGUGUUCAAUUUUCAUUUUGUAGGAAAUUCUUUGAGGUAUAUAAGAAUUAAGAAGGAAGACUAUUUUAACGUUCUCCACAUCUCCUCCAUCCUCCUCCAGCGACACCAGCCUGCCAUUCCGCUCUUCUCCAGCCCCAGCCGUCACCAUUCUUCCGGGCCCCUGAGCUUGAAGGCUUGAUUCAACCUCCAGUCCCUUGAGCUCUGCCGUUGCCGUCGCCUUCACGUGGUGCUCGCCAGCCGUCACCUCCUCUAGCGGUGCAUUCCAGUUCCGGCCGUCGCCUCUCUUCUGUUCUGCUGCUCCUCUCUGUUCUCCGCCGCUCUCCCCUUGCCUCCCACUCUGCUUCGCUGCCUCUCCUGUUCUCGCUUUAAGUGAGCUUGAGCUGACAUAACCGUGUGCAACCGUAAUAGCUAAGCUGAAGUUCGUUGUAAGAGUCAAUAGAUAUUCGUGGAAUCGGUGAUAAAAUGGGUUUAGGGUUGAGAAACUUCACUGAGAGAAACAAUAAUGGACAACCUGUCCUGGACACUGAGAAUGGGGAGGAACUCAUGCACAUGCAGCGUGGUGUGGACCUUGUGCUUGCCAACCUCCCUCCCAUCUCCUCCGGCACACUCUAUAUUACUACCAAUGAUAUGGCUCAGCGAUGUAGACAACACCAAGGGAUACGCUGUUGAUUUCUUGUCUAUUUCCCUCCAUGCCGUCUCAAGAGACCCAGAUGCCUACCCCCAUCCUUGUUUAUACACCCAGAUUGACAUUAAUGCCGAAGAGGAUGGUUCCGAAAACUCCGACUCUGAAUCCAGUGACAUACAGGAUUUAUCCAGGAUCACAGAGAUGAGGCUUAUUCCCUCUGAUCCUACUCAAUUGGAUACUUUGUUUCAAGUAUUCUGUGAGUGUGCAGAGCUUAAUCCAGAACCAAAUGAUGAGGAAGGAGAAGAGCAUGAUUGGGUUUUCAGUGCUGAUCAGAUGGAAGGGGAAGAGGAAGAGGAAGAAGGUUAUAUCUCUCAUAAUCCAGCGAACUCUCUUGGUCAGUCAAAUGGACAUCAUGAUCUAGCGCGUACAGUACUCGAGCUUCAUAUUAACGAUCAGCGUUUUGAGGAUGCAGAAGAGAUGGAGCAUGAUGAGGAUGGCACCCAUAAUUGAGUGGCUGUGUUUAGCCGAACAUAGCAUAUGAACUGUUGGUUAUGUUAUGUAAAUUAGUAUGAAAAUCUGAUUAGGGGGUUAUAUACUGUUGAUAAUUGAUGGACAAUUAUGCGCGACUAUUGAAUUUUGUUUCAUGUUUAGACUGAUGAAAGUGCUUUGAAAGUGUUAGCAGGUAACAAUAUUAAGCCCCCCUAGUUUUAUUCUAAACCACCAAGAAUAGGUGAGUCGAGAGUAGAUUUGUGCUAAGUCGUGGCUGAUGAUUGGUUUAAUUUAAAUAAUUUCCUUAAGGC